AGAAAGCGAAGAUGAACAAUCUCCAAAUACAAACAGAGCAACCAGCACAUAAUCACACUCAAACCGAAACCCCUCUUUUAACUUCAAAUUCAAAUCAACAAGAACGAGAAGGAGUAGAAGGAGAAGGAGAUGAUGGUAAUAAGAACGAGGAGAAUGGAGUGGAGGAGAGCCUGGCGCGUUUGGAGAAGUUAUUAACGGUUCUAGGGUUCAAGCAGGAUUCACCGUUGAGUUUCGUCGUGGCUUGGAGUGUUUUCUUGGCGGUUGGUGUGGUGAUGCCUGUGAUGGCUCUGUGGAUGUGCUCGUGUUCCAAGUGCGAAAGGUAUGAGAUACAGAGCUUCGAGAUGGCCAUCGUUGCAUUUCAGGCGUGCCUCGCCGCCGUCUCUUUGCUCUGUCUUUCUCACAGUCUCCGCAAGUAUGGCCUCCGUAGGUUCCUCUUCGUUGACCGCAACUCUGGACAGUUACCUUCCUUUCACCGCGAUUACAUCACUCAGAUUUCGGGAUCUAUGCGCUUGCUCAUUCUGUGGGUGUUGCCGUGUUUCCUUCUGAAGACAACGCGAGAAAUCAUUCGCAUUACACAUUUAAAACAUGGGUCUUGGGGGCUCUCGCUUGCAAUUUUUUUCGGUUUGAUUAUAUCUUGGACAUACGUGAGUGCAAUCUCUCUGGCGGCCAGCAUUUUGUUUCACUUGGUUUGCAAUUUGCAAGUUAUCCACUUUGAUGAUUAUGGGAAGCUCUUGCAAAGGGAUACUGAUGUUUUAGUCUUUAUGGAGGAGCACAUUCGGUUGCGCUAUCAUCUCUCCAAGAUAAGCCAUAGGUUCAGAAUCUAUCUUCUUCUAGAGUUCUUGGUUGUCACAGUUAGCCAAGUUGUGACUCUGUUGCAGAUCACCGGAUAUGGUGGAUUACUUAGCUUCGUAAAUGGUGGAGAUUUUGCUGUAUCCACACUUGUUCAGGUCGUCUGCAUCAUUAUUUGUCUGCAUGCAGCAACAAGAAUAUCUCAUAGGGCCCAAGGUAUUGUUUCACUUGCAAGCAGGUGGCAUGCAUUGGCAACAUGCACAUCUUCUGAUGCAUCUCAAAUGAGAAGCUCUGCUAGUGUGGGGAACUUGGAGGCUGCAAACCAUUUAAGCUCAUUGCAUAUAGACUAUUCUGAAAGUGAUCUAGAGUCAUUGGAUUACGCUGGAAUGUCUACCAAUACCCAAUUGGGUUUGUAUAUGUCCUCACAUCACAAGAGACAAGCUUUUGUAAUGUAUUUGCAGACGAAUCCUGGAGGAAUCACUAUAUUUGGAUGGACAGUUGAUCGGUCUCUUGUGAACACAAUAUUUUUCCUUGAAUUAAGUCUGGUCACCUUUGUUCUAGGCCGACCCGAAGAAAGUUGAGCUAAUUGAAUCCGAGGUUGGGCUAAGAAUUGUCGGGCUCCGAGACACAACAUAAACAUACAAAAAUUGCAAGUUCGGAAGUCAAAAAUUGCAAGCUAAUCGUAACACUAUGUUCUUUGAUUCAUGGAUCAAUAUGAAAGGGCUUGAUGGUAUUCAAGGUUCAGUAUAUGUUGGUACUGGAACUGUGUUCAACUGUGACAAAGCGAAGCUUCUGCUACUUAGCAAGGUGAAACUUUUCUGCGAAGGAUUAAGUAGGGAAUCAGAAGUGACAAGCCCAAACUCAUUCCUUGAGGAUUCUUCAUAAAGGAUUUACUAUUUUUGAAACAUAAAUGGGUUUUCUUUGGGAGGCAGCGUUGGAAGGGCAUUAGUGU